AAAGUUGAACAUCAUUAUUAAGACCAACAACAAAUGCUUGGGUUGUGACUACUGACGUGGCAGCACACAUUACUUUUGAAUAUCCGAUGCACCCUACGUAGUUCAGCUCCGGCCACUACCACAUGAUGUGUCUUCCCUUCGCUUCUGCUUCAGUUGUCUGAAACCACAACACUCACUCAUUGGCAUAAAUUUUGUCGACUAUAUAAAUUUCACUGCUCCAGCAAAUUUCUUCUACUAACUCCAUAUAUCACAUUUCACAGGGAAAUCUACCUUCGCAAGAGAUGAUCAGCGUUGUACAAGCACUGUACCCGCCGUGUACUUGCAGAAUGUUGCAGAUCGUCGAAUGCGGACAUUCGGCGGAGAAGUUAGGGUUCACAAGAUUCUGUGGAAUCGAAGCCAUUGGAUUAAGCCGUAAUCGUAAAAGUUUGUUGAAGCCGAUUCUGGCAAAGGAAGAUAAUGGCGCGUCUCGGAUCGAGGACGGACAUCAAGUGAAGAAGCCGAAUGGCCUGGCACCUUUGGCUAAUCACUCUGCUGCAUUAAUCGGUAAAAAUCUCAGCGAAAAGUCUAGUAUUGGGAAUUCGAUGAACAUUUUGUGGCACGAAUGUCCUAUCCAGAAACUUGAUAGAGAGCAUCUUCUUCAGCAAAAGGGCUGCGUCAUUUGGUUAACGGGUCUCAGUGGUUCAGGAAAAAGCACUCUGGCAUGUUUUUUGAGUAGAAGCUUGCACUCCAGAGGAAAGUUGACUUAUAUCCUUGAUGGGGACAAUAUGAGACAUGGUCUAAACCGUGAUCUUAGUUUUAGAGCAGAAGAUCGUUCAGAGAACAUACGAAGGAUUGGUGAGGUUGCCAAACUCUUGGCAGAUGCAGGUCUUAUUUGUAUCGCUAGUUUAAUAUCACCCUACCGAAAGGAUAGGGAUGCUUGUCGAGCUUUAUUGCCAAAUGGAAAUUUUAUCGAGGUUUUCAUAGACGUGCCACUAGAGGUGUGUGAAGCAAGGGAUCCGAAGGGACUCUACAAGCUAGCUCGAGCUGGAAAGAUCAAAGGUUUCACGGGGAUAGACGAUCCGUAUGAACCACCGUCCAGCUGUGAGAUAGUUUUACAACAACAAGGAAGUGAAUGUACGUCACUGGGUGAUAUGACAAAAAUAGUAAUAUCGUACUUGGAUAAAAAUGGAUACCUCCGAGCCUGACAUUACCUGAAUGGGGUUUGUCUUCUUCCCUGUUUCUUGUCGUAGGUAUUAAUGUAUGUAACACAGUGUGAGGCACAAAAAAUCUGCUAAUUCCAGCAGCAAGGAAAUCAUCGUUUCCUUCUCAUUUGCUUCUAUCUGGUAGCAAGGCCCAUGAAAAAUUGUUAUUCACAACUCCAUUGUAUUCGACUUCAUUAUGUAGGUGGAAGUAGUUGAGGUAGACAUAUGAGUAAAGUGUUGGUGCUGAUUGGUAUUGGGGUGUAGGGAAAAGGAAGUAAGAAGUUAACGUAUAUAUUCCUUUAGCAUAUUUUUCAUUGAAUGUGUACUUAGUAAGGUGGUAAAUGCUCCGUAUCCUACCGUCCAAUAAAUAUUCACCUCGUAUUUUUAUUUAUA